UGGGGCGGCCGAGACGGUCGGGGGGGCUUCUGGUGGUGCUUGUGAUGACGAGAACUCCGACGACGACAGCAGUGUCGCGGAUGAUGAAGGCACCCCGUCCCCCUCCCCUCGCGAGUUCGAGCCAAUACCUGUCGGGUGGUUUCACGUGUACGCCCUGUUGACGGCGAUCUGAUCGGCCUGGGGUGGAAUCGCUCUCUCUGAGUGGAACCGUCUGAUGGCGUCCGAAGGGGCGACACUCAAGAGCAGCAAGGAGGACCAGCUUGCUACGGGAUCGUCAAAUCCCUGUUCCAGCCCCGCGGCCAUGUCUACUGCUGCGCGAACGAUGGUCAACAACAAUGGCCAGAGCGUGAGUCGCCGCGAGACUGAGAGGGCCAUCAAGGAGGAGAAGGCUCAGGUGCGCCAGGCAGCGAGGGACAAGAUAUCGGAGGACCGCGCGAAGGAAGCAGCGGACGCAAGGAGGCAGGGUGUGGCGGCCAUGGUUGUUUCGAACCAAAACAGCGAGGAGAUGGUGGGGCAAACGAAGCGACUGGCGACGAUUGAAGAGGGAAAGGAAGUGGUAGCGAAGAGGGCCCGGAAAAUUGCCGCCCUCGAGAAGAGGAACAUGAUAGCCGGUGGGAAAAACCCUGCUAUCGUUGCGGAGCUGGACGCCCUCUUGCGGAAGGAGAUUGAAUCAUGACGGAGAGGGGGAACAACCCACUGUCUUGCGCUAUUGCCUUUGCACAGUCUAAAGAUACUUGGGUUUUUUGCCGUUGUGUUUGCCCGAUUGUUCUGUGCUUCAGCACGAAAGCAUCAAUGCGUCCAUAGCCAAGUAAUUUACCUUCAAACCAACAAGGCCGCGCGUUUGUUUUCGCGGGAUUACCAACGAGAUCGCAGCAGUAGGGCAGAGGUGUUUCCGAGGUGGUGUUUUGUGUUCAGAAAAUGCAACCGUUCUUCUAUUUGUUUCCGGUGUUCAAUAGGUUAACGCAAGUGAGGCUACCUUCAGGAGUGAAGUAGAGAUGUGGACGACGUGGAUUCGGGCUGGUUUUAUGUUGUUUUUUUAGGGGACAUGCUGCUCUCUCUGCUCUGAAAUAAGCACGGAAGGGACGACCGAGCAGGCGAGGCUCGUUGCGUCAAACACCAGACAGUAACGGCUCGUCGAAGCAAG